AUGCCCUCAACAAGAAGCAAAUACGUCAACCAAGAGCUUCCGCGUAAUUUCCUUCGGAUUGAGCGGACAUCCGUACUAUCAAGAGGAUUGUAUGCCAAAGGUAUUUAUCCAAUAGUAGAUCCUUUAGAUUCAAUGUCAACCAUGCUUCAACCUCGGAUCGUUGGUGAGGAACAUUACAAAAUCGCCCAAAGAGUUAAGCAAACUUUACAACGUUACAAAGAACUUCAGGACGUUAUAGCUAUCCUUGGAUUGGACGAAUUAUCCAAAGAGGAUCGUUUACUCGUAGCAAGAGCGCGAAAAAUUGAGCGUUUCUUAUCACAACCCUUUUUCGUAGCAGAAGUAUUUACUGGUUCUCCAGGGAAAUAUGUUGGUCUAGCAGAAACAAUUCGAGGAUUUCAAUUGAUCCUUUCCGGAAAAUUAGAUGAUCUUUCUGAACAGGACUUUUAUUUGGUAGGUACUAUCGAUGAAGCUACCGCGAAGGCUAUAAACUUAGAAAUGGAGAGCGAUUUGAAGAAAUGACCUUAAAUCUUAGUGUACUGACCCCUAAUCGAAUUGUUUGGGAUUCAGAAGUGGAAGAAAUUAUUUUAUCUACUAGUAGUGGUCAAAUUGGCAUAUUACCAAAUCACGCCCCUAUUGCAACAGCUGUAGAUAUAGGGAUUUUGAGAAUACGCCUUAACAACCAAUGAUUAACGAUGGCUCUGAUGUGUGGUUUUGCUAGAAUAGGAAAUAAUGAGAUCACUGUUUUAGUAAAUGAUGCGGAGAAGGGUAGUGACAUUGAUCCACAAGAA